AUGCCAGAUCUUUCAGAGAAUAAGAUCUAUCAGCCAGCCAAUCCAGGUGAUCUUUAUUAUCUACUACAACAAGCAUACCAAAAGGCCUUCCCUUUGAGGUUCGAUUGGAGUGGUGUUGGAUUUCAGGUCAGCACCAAGGCAGCAAUGUCUGAAACCAAUAUUCAGGAAAAGUUCAAGGAAAAGAUCACUGCUGUUCGAACUGUGGUUCCAAACAGAAGUAACAAUGAAAUUAUCCUGGUGCUACAACACUUUGACAACAAUGUGAGCAAGGCAGUGCAAGCUUUCAUGGAUGGUAGUGCAGUGGAGAUUUUGAAAGAAUGGAAUGUGCCAGGUAAAAGGAAGCACAAUAAGAAAAGGAAAAGAAAACCAAAACAGCCAGGUGGCCAGGUGAAAGAAGAGAGGGUGAGGCCUGGUGGACUGGAAGAGAAUGUAGAUCUCCCCCUGUCCAAAGCUGGGCUGAAUGGCUACCAUGCCAAUGGCUCAGCCAAUGAUGAUUCCUCAGUGGAUUCUCUUAGUGAAAGGAUGGAGAUUGUUUCCAAUGAUGAGAAGGCAGCAGCAAGCCUGAAGUUGCAUCAGCUGCAGGCACCUGAUAAAACAGUUGGCCUGAGUCCUGAAGAGGAAAAGCUGCCUUUAGAGCCAACAGAACAGCUUCUUCAUGAUGCUAAAUGUCCGCCCAACAGACCAACUACAACCAAGUCAAAACCAAAAGCUUUGUCUGGUUCCCAUUCCGUGGCUCCACAGUCUCCAACAAAACCAGGAGACCUGGUAUCAAACAAGAAGAGAGUCAGACUUGCUGAUCCUUUCGAGCUGAAAGACCACGACUUGACCCUCCAGUUACCUCAUUAUCAUGAGACCAUCGAUAUAGGAGCAGAAAAAAACAAAUCAACAGAAAAUGGCAAUGAAAUGCCAAACAGUGCAGAAAUCUUACAUAAAAGUAUCAUGGAUCGAGAAGUUGCUCUAAUGUCAGAAAUGGAUAAAGUCAAAAAGGAAGCGAUGGAGAUCCUGGAUACAAGACAGAAGAGAGCUGAGGAGCUGAAGAGAUUGACAGAUAUGGCCAUCCAGAUGUCAGAAACCCAGCUUGCUGAACUUAGAGCAGAGAUUAAGCAAUUUGUAAGUGAACGCAAAUAUGACGAAGACCUGGGGAGAUCAGCGCGAUUCACUGGUAACAUUGACAGUCUGCAAGCCCAGAUUCAACUGUUUGGAGAAGUAUCACAUCCAAAGAAUAACUACUCUACGAGACCACAGUGCACCUCCUCAUUGAGUCCAACUCAUCUGAAUCCUCAAGGCAGUUCUAAUAAUGUUACUUCAGGACCAUCUUCGCUUGCUGCGUUAUCAUCAGUUAGUUCUAAAGCAGUGAAUUCCAGGGACAAUUCUAGCAUUCAGAAGGCACCUGCAGACAGACCGAACUACCAACGUUAUGGCCCGUCUGGUCAAAGACGAGGAUUCAAUUCCCGAGCGCAAGGCCUCAGGCUCAAUGAAAAUCAGCCUCCUGGAAAAUCAGAUGAUUGUAGAAACAGGAGCCGAAAGGGACGUCUCCACGAUGGCUAUAAGAACCAGAAUCAACAUAACAAGUCUAGACAUCAGGGCUCAAGUCAUGAUGUACACAAACCGCUGCUAACAGAUUCUACUUCUAACGGUACUGUACUGCCAGCUGAAAUGAACACAAACUCGGCAACCCCUGAACUAGCUAGCACUAUAUCUGUAGUUCUCAGUGACAGAGUUCCUCAGUAUAGAUCCUGUCCCAUAAAGCCAGAAACAUCUGUUGAUACUAAAGUGCUGUCUUUACCUAAUAGAAUGACUGCAGUAGCUUAAUUUACUUGACUACCUUUCUUUUGCAGUAGCAUUCAUAAUUUACAUUUAUGCAACUUCUGCCAAUUUAAGACUUGAAAAAAACUUAGUACUUUAUUUUCUUGACUCGGAUAAAAAAAAGAAUGUUGGCCUUUUAUUGUUGAAAAUUGAAUUUAUUGAGGAAAGAGUUUUAAGUAGGCACUACAGAAGGUUUUAAUUAUAGUUUUGGGAGGGAGAGGUGAGUGAAAAGCCUUGAAAGGGCGUUAAACCAAGAAAUUAAAUCAUUGAAGUUGUAAUGAUUUAAUACUCAGACCAUUCAUGAAAAGUUUUGGAGUGCAGCAUUACCUUUUGAAAAUUAUACCCUCACAUUAUAUUCAUCAAACAGCCAGUAACAUUUAUCAAGCAUCGUUUCGAUGAAGAUGGUCCCUUUAACAUAAAGUCACCUUAUUGACAUUAUUCAUUUUUAGCAACACUUACAGGCCAUUUUAGAAAUGCUAAUUAGGAAUGCUCUACAGCAAUGAAUGAUUUAAAAUCUGAUAGAAAAUGUCAAAAUUCCAGCGAAGAUUCAAAUCAUUUCAGCGAUUGUGUUGUUUAAAGAAAAUAUUUCUGGCACCCUUAAGACUUUUCCAGUUCAUUUUGUCCUAGACACAUUUUCAGAGAUCAGCAGACGACCUUUACCUAUUGAUUCAGGUCACUAAUCCUGUGAAGGAGGAUCUGAGGAGUGAACGGAGUGUCUACGUUAUGCCUUCCAACUUCACAAACCCAACUAGGAACAUGGUGACUGAAAUCAGAUCUAUUUGUGUGAAGCAUUCACUUUAAGUGUUAGGAAAGAAAUUAACUUUCCUAUCAGAAAAUGUAUAUGUUUGUUCGAAAGAAGAUAAACCUGUAUUCCUUUCCCAAAUUGACACGUGGUACAAUAAAUAUUAUUAGGUUAUUUUAAGAAUUCUGUAAGGAAAUAGACAAGGGAAUCAUUGUAGGCAUCCUUAGAAGAGGCUUCACAGUGGGCUUAAAAUUGUUUCGGAGAUAGUAGGAACUGCAGAUG